AAAUGGCGGCGCUCGUGUCCUCUCCACGUGCAGUGUUCUCAGAAGCGGUCCGAGCCGUGUUAGAGACCUGGCCGGUGUUACAGAUAGCAGUCGAUAAUGGCUUUGGUGGAGUUUACAGCCAGCAGAAGGCCGACUGGUUGGUGGAUGCGGUUCAGCAGUAUUUCCACGACAACAGUGACCUUGAGCAGGAUGAAGUAGAGGACUUUCUGUCUGAGCUGAUGAAUAACGAGUUCGACACGGUGGUGGACGACGGCAGUCUGCCACAGGUGGCGCAGAAGGUGUGUGUGAUGUUCCAGCAGUGUAAGCAGGGAAAUCUAGCCGAGGUCAGACAGCAGAUUAGCCAGUUAGCCGUGAAAAAAGCCGGCGGCAGGGCACAGGUCACAUCUGUUAAAUCCCCUACAGAGGAUGCAGAGGAGAGUGAUGAUGAGAGUGAUGAGGAGUCUAUGGAGUGUGACGAGGGAGCUUCAGCGAGCAACGCAGCAGUUAAACAGCAGCAGCAGCAGUCGGCGUCUUCAUCAUCUGCACCUAAAGAGGAGGAGGAUGAUGGCUGGACGGUGGUGCGCAGGAAAAAGUAACCAGAGUACCAUUGUGAAUGAGUUACAAACUCCAGAGCUCCAGAAAUGACAUGUCGGAAUGAACUUGUGGUAAUGGGGGGGAAGACUCGUGGAUUAAAAACAAAAAAAAACUUGCCGUGUAAGAACUGCUAGUAUGAUCGUUUAACAUUUACGCCAUUCGGCAGACACCCUUAUCCAGAGCGACUUACAUUUUUAUCUUAUUAUACAGUACACCAGAGUACUUGAGGGAUAAGGGCCUUGCUCAAGGGUUUAACAAGGACAACGAGGUGAUGCUGGGGUUUGAACCUGGGACCUUCUGAUCAGUAGUCCAACAUCAUAACCACUGAGCUAGUUUUAAUUUAAGCUGCUUCAGUUUGCUCGGUCACGAGACUCUAAACUCCAUUCAUAGUCCUUUUGGUUUCUAAUUUCAUGGCAUUUUGUCGCUCCCCCUUGUGGACACUGUGGGCUCUGCAGGUCACAUCCACAAUGAGGUAAAAGUCGUACUGUAGGUGUGUGACUUCAUAAGGGACUGUGACUUCAUCUUAUUGUUCUGACAAAGUGUUCAACUUGUUUUCUGAAUGUAAUUUAUCGUUGUGUAAACAUGUACAAGUCUACCGUAUACCACAGAUACAGGAUAAGGAACAGUCAGUACGACACUCAGUUUUCAGUAUGUGCUUACAUCACUGCAUUUUUUUUUUUUUUUUUUUUUUUUCCCCGCAAACAGAAUAUUAAAUCGAAAUGUGUACAUUUUUAUAAAUUUUUGUGUUUGGUAUUUUUACUGGCACUUUUCCUACUACAUUUUGGAUUGUGUAAUAUGUAAUGCACCAUUGUUAUUUAUUUGUACACAAUUCAACAAUAACAUUUUGAUUACUGACAUGUGAGGUAAAUAAACAAUUAUCUUGUUACCGUGGCACCUGGAGGUGAGUGG